CACGGCGGCGCGUGUCUGGCUCAGUGAUGGCGGGCGGGCGGCGGGCGGUGGUGGCGGCGCUGCUGGCGCUGGGCUCGGUUGUGCUGGCUUUGGCCGCCGCCGUCCUGCUCCGCGCCUUCGUCCUGCGAGCCCCGGCCGGAGUCCCGCGGCUCUGGGCACGGAGCGCMGGCACCGCCGCCCUCAGCGCCGGCGAGCGGCGGGAGCUGAAGGAGGCGCUGCGAGGGGCCAUUAAAAUCCCAACUGUGUCCACAUCUCCGGAGGAUCUGAAUACAACUGCCAUGGCAGAGUUUGGAACUUACAUUCAGAAAGUCUUCCCGGCUGUAUUUUCUUCCAAGUUCAUCCAACAUGAAAUUGUUGGGAACUACAGCCACCUCUUUACUGUGCAGGGCUCUGCCCCUGCCCUGCUGCCCUAUAUGCUGCUGGCACACAUGGAUGUGGUGCCUGCUCCCCCCGAGGGCUGGGAUUUCCCUCCUUUCUCAGCUGCAGAGCACGAAGGUUUCAUCUAUGGACGAGGAACGCUGGAUAACAAAAACUCUGCCAUUGGCAUUCUGCAAGCUCUGGAAUUUCUGCUGAGGAGGAAUUACAGACCCCGGCGCUCUUUCUACGUUGGCAUUGGCCACGACGAGGAGGUGUCUGGUCUGAAGGGAGGGAGGAAAAUCGCAGCUCUGCUGGAAUCCCGAGGGAUAAAACUCWCCUUCCUGCUGGACGAGGGCAGCGCUGUGCUGGAUGGAAUCAUUGCAGGAGUAAAGAAGCCAGUGGCUAUGAUUGCUGUCACAGAAAAAGGUUCAAUGACACUGAACUUUACUGUGGAAAAAGAGCCAGGACAUUCAUCCUUUCCUCCUAAGGAGACAAGUAUUGGCAUUCUGGCAGCAGCCAUGUCCAGGCUGGAGCAAAACCCUUUGCGCAACCUUUUUGGCCACGGGCCAGAGCUCAUGACUAUGGAGCACCUUGCAGCAGAGUUCAAGUUUCCUCUCAACCUCAUCAUGAGCAAUUUGUGGCUGUUCUCACCUAUUGUCAGCAGAGUUCUYGCCUGGAAACCUUCCACCAAUGCCUUGAUUCGAACAACCACUGCAGUCACCAUGUUUAAUGCAGGAAUCAAGGUAAAUGUCAUCCCUUCCUCUGCCAGAGCCACRGUGAAUUUCCGGAUCCACUCGGCCGAGACGGCUGCUGAGGUGCUGGAGACAGUCAGAAGCACCAUUGCUGACGAGAGRGUGAAGAUUGAUGUGGUGGAGGCCUUUGACCCCCUGCCCGUCAGUCCUUGGGAUGAGCAGACCUUUGCAGUCCAUGUUUUCCAAAGAACCAUCCUGGACAUUUUCCCAGAUGUUGACAGUGUAGUCCCAGGCACGUGCAUUGGAAACACAGACAGCAGGCACUUCACCAACGUCACCAAUGCCAUUUACAGGUUCAACCCUCUGCUCCUGGCACAGGAUGAUCUYCCCAGGAUCCAUGGGUUAAACGAGAGAAUCUCCAUUGAGAAUUAUGAGAGACAAGUGGAGUUCCUCUUUCAGCUGAUCAAGAACUGUGACAUCGAGACACUGCCAGAGCCUCACGCCAACUCCCACGAGCUCUGAGAGACAUUUGGGGAGAGCAACUGCUCAGGUGGACUCUGGGACAGGCCAGAAGAUGUGUGUUGUAUAUUGAGCUACAGCUGGAAUUUUAUUUUUUUUAAUAUUGUGGUUUACAUACAGAUGGAGAAAGUGCUGGUUGUGUGAUAGGAACCUGGCAUAAGCCAACAAAUAAUCCCGAUUUCUGCUCUCCGUGGCUGAUGUGCAGCCAUGAAUCUGACACUGAUUUUUUGCAGCACUUUAAACCUGUGAAAUUGGUAAUCACUUCAAAAUCUAAGCAGUCACUCACCAGCAGAAAGUGAAUCAUCCUGUGUGCUUUUGAAAACUCGUUUUUUUGUGGUGAAUUGAGCGUGAAGAAGCUCACGUGGAGGGUUUGUGACRUGGUGAGAGGGUUCAAGUCACUGCUGCAUGAGGGAAUGCUCUCACCAGCAUCCAUGGCACUCCCAGCUCUCCCAUGGCUGCACUGAUUUCUCACUUUCCAGGUACUGACCCCCAGAAAUUGUAACUAAUGAGGUGCUGAGAAUUUUCCUUCCUAUCAUUUUAGCAAAUAUUUUCCCCCUCCCUGGCUCUUUGGGUUGGCUCAAGGUAUGUUGUGCAGUUGGGUGUCAGAAUAAGGAAUUGCAGCUUUAAAUAAGGAAUGAAAUCACUGCUGUCUGCUCAUUUCUCUUUUCACUGAAUCAGUUCACGCUUCUCCUUUGCUCUUCUGAGAACUUGAUUGUGAAAGAUGUGAAGCCCUUCAGUUUCUUGCAGUUCAGAGGGAUCAGAGGUUUGUUCCUUCACUGCCUGUGCAAGCA